AUGGCGAGAAUUUACAAGGAUACCCGGGUCGAUCUUCGGCCGUACUCGCCGAGCACUGUCGUCAACAUCCCGAUCCCAUCUCAAUCGAACCCAAACAGCCGCGCCCGAUUCUCGAUUUCCUCCCUCACAGGCCAAAGCGAGACGGUCGCAAAAGAUGAAGAAGAGUUUACGAGGCAAUAUCUGGCCACUCAGGGCUCAAUCUACUUCCGCAAGCGCAGCGUGUAUCCCCGGACAUUCCUGUGGAGGGUGGUCAACGACAAUAAGGUGCUUGAGAUACAAUGCGUCGAUUUGACUAAGGGAGGCGUUGAGCAUCACGAGUACAACAACACUCUGCGCCUGGAUUUUCAGGAAGAGAUCCUUCCUUCGGGCGUCGACCUCGCCGAUGUGGAGGAUCACGAGAUCUUAAGCGUCUUUGUGAUCACUGCUUCAAAACAGCUGCACACCUUGACCCUGCGACCGGAAUUCUUCCGCAGGACCGCCUCGAUAGAUGAAACUAUAACAGAUUGGUGCAAAUCUUGCGUUCCGGCUCCUCUGUCCUUUUCCUACCCUCACCGACUGCAUGCCAGCAGCCCGCUGGAGUUGUUCAUUUCCCUCGACAACGGGUCGCUUUUGCGCCUGACCAGGAGAUCUGGCGAUGAUGGUUCCAGCUGGUCACCUCUCACCUUCGACGAGAGAACAUGGGGCUCCUCGAUUCGCGGCCUAGUUCGAUGGAACGCGCAGCCCUCCGUCAAGUACAAGGGACGCACCCUCGAUCUGAACCUGGCGAAUGCGAUUGCGACUACGUCCGAUCAGACCUACGUUUUUGCCGUUUGCCUCAACCAUACAUUGAAGAUAUGGAAUCUCGCGACGAACAAGCUGGCCGCUACGAAGGAUCUGUUGGGCCGUGAGAUUCAAAAUCCUGACGUGCCAGCCUACUCGUUAAACCCCGCCGAAUCAGCAUUUAUCCGCGUCUUCAAUGUCGAGAGGGCUAUGGACGGCGAAUACCGGUACUAUGUUAUCACCUACUCGCCUUUCGAAGACGGCCGCUUCAAGUUUUGGGCUGUGAAGGGAGGCCUGACAUCGCCGCUGAUCAUCGAGGACCUCUAUCCAGACACCCCAUUGAGGCCUUUGGACCCGGAUACGACUGGAAACAUGUUUUGGAGCAUUGCCGAUUUCGACAUAAAGCCCGCGGAGGAAGGGAGGCGCAUGGAGUUGUGGGUUCUGUGGCGAAACAGCAGCCUGUACCAACUGUACACACUUCAUUUCAAUUUCGAGACUUUGGCUACUGAUUGGAACAAUAACUGGGUAUCCACGAUGAUGGAUUCUCGUUCCCAGGAGCCCCCACCUCCCAUGGCAUUGUCAGAUGUCGUGGACCCGACAGAGAGAUGGCUGAAGUUCCUUCUACAGCCGAACAGAUUCUCCCCCGAGGCUCUUGAGACUGCACUGUCCAUUUAUCAGGAAGCCGUCCGGCCAUUGUCUUCGCAAAAUGCGUCCAAAAAGGGUGCAUCGCUUUCAGAACGGCUCUGCUCCACGAUCGCUGCUACCGUGUCCCUUCGCAAGUACGCUGAUGAGGAUAUGGACUUCACUCGUUACCGGACGGACACUGAUUCCAAAUGGCGUCAGUUCUGGCAAAUCGUGGAGGACAUCAAUAAGAGAAGAUUUGAGCCCGUCUCUCUUGUUUACGACGCAUAUUACGAAAUACCGUGGCUUCUUUUGACAGACAGUUGCGCUGUUAUCCGCGAGUGCAGCUCUACAGAAUUAAUUCUGCAUAACUCGGGAGCUGAGCUCCGCGCUGAAGGACCUAAAAUCGUCGAUCGCUGGAGACACAGGAAUCUGAGCUCGGAGAUUGGGGACCUUUUUGAACAGUCAUCUCAUCUCAUCAAAGUUGCUUCAGGCUUCAGGCGUAGAUUCCCAGCCGAGCUUGAAGCAGAUUGCCAAAGAGCCCUGGAAGCCGAAUUGUUCACCGAACCGUCGUCCUCCAUCCAAGACAGAAUGGACGCUUUCCGCGAGCGGUGUGAUUUUGGUGAACAGAUUUCCAAUAAGGUCUACGAAGGUCUGAUCGGCGCGAUGAACGAGCAGUUGAAUAUCUACAAUUUGCAGAACGAGGUGUUCUACACCAUUAUCGACACGAUACCUCUUGGAUUCCCGGGCAAGGAUUCUGAUCUUCUGCCUACCCACUUUGGCGUGAGAGUGACGGUGAAUGGAGUGCAAGAGACCAUUUUAUUCACCCGACGUGUUCUGACCGACCUCCUACUUCUUGUUCUAUUCGUGGAUGGGGAGGUACAGCAGGAAGAAGACUCAAACUUCGAUGCGGUCGACCUCUUUGCUUCGCUGAUCACCCUUCUGAGAGAAUACGAAAUGAUGGCCUGGCUGAGCUCCAACUGUCGGAAAUGCUCAGGUAGAUCUACAAGUGCGACUGAUGACAACGCAUCUACCUUUUCCCUGAAAGAAUCGUCCAGAAAGAAGGACGCCCCGAGAAUGGCGACGAUCCUAGAAGAUCUGUUCGCUACUGAUAUUAAGCCCCGUCAGACCACCGGGUUACCGCAGAGCUAUACACUAUCUCUGGGAAUUCGCGAUGUUCUAUCAUGGGUGACUCGACAAGGAGAAGUGGCAUACCCCAAUGCGUUGGUGUACAUCCAAUGUGAUCUGAUUGCGAAGAACAACAUUGAUCUUGCCUGGGACUUCUUGCGCUUCCAAGCAAGUACGUCUUGGGCGACAUACGUCAAGGGGCGUCUAUACGUCGCCAUGUCCGAAUUCGACACUGCAGCGUUGUAUUUCCGGAAAGCUGCGUACCUUCUGUCCUGCGGCAAACCACUCGGCAAUCUGCAUGAAAUGUCAUCCACGCUUCUUGACAUCGUUUCCGUGGACUGUUUCCACAACGGUCUGCCCAAGUAUUUCCAACACAUCUUGACUAUAUUCGAGAAGGCCAGGUCAUUCUCGCAUGUUGCCGACUUUGCCAGCCUUGCACUCCAGGCCCUUGCAAGUGAAUACCGGGACGACAAAGACCCAGAGUACAACAUCCUGCGUACGGAUCUGCUCUCGCGAUUGUUCUACGCAUCCCUCCAGACCUGCCAGUUCGACCAGGCCUACUCUACGCUCGCUCGGUACAAGGAUCUCGCCCUCCAGAAGUCGGCGCUCAGUUCUCUGAUCACGAGUAUACUGGUGGCUUCGGGUCCGGAUACUUCUGGCCUUCGCCAGAUCCUUCAUUUCCCCACAUCUCUUGUUCCAAACAUUGCAUCUCACGUGGACGAAGUUUUGGUUUCGCUUGCUCGGAAGCAGACGUCUUUCCACUCUACCAUGGACCAUGGGAACAAGUGGACCGACAGCACGCCGGAUUAUCAGCGAGUGCUCCAGGCUUAUCGAAUCGCUCGUAAUGAUUAUCGUGGCGCCGCGGAGAUCGCCUACCGGAAUGUUCAGCGGCUUCGCAUGGCUCGGGAUAGUCCAUCCUCGCAUCUUGUCCUUGCUAAGGGUCGUGAGGCCGAUGGCGCGCAAGCCACAGAGGAGGACGACCCGGAGAGCAAGGAGAUCCGACACGAGCUUCUGUCAUUGAUCAACCUUCUUCGUUGUGUGGACAAGAGCGAGGCCUAUAUCCUCGUCGAGAAGGACGAGCCAUCAGUGCCGGGCCAGUCUCUCGAUCGACGUCGCAGCGUGCAGGAAGACGAUGGAAACGUCUUUAUGGACGAUGCGGACGCAUCGCCCACAGUACAAGGGUCGAAGCGUAGGUUCAGCUCGAGCACUAGUGCUAUGAAGCCGAAUGUGCGCCGCGGCAGCAAGUCGUCCUCCACCGCAGCGAAUAGCCAGCCUUGUCGACGGGUCAUAGUCACCUUGGACCAUCUGCGACGGGAAUACCAGGCCGAAUUGGACCGCGUCAGCCGGAUUGAACGGGGCGAUUGGGAAUUUGGGAUCUUGGACCCUGACCAGGCGGAUAAUGAUGAUACGAUGCUACUCUAA